GCCAUUGGGAAAGUUGGCAUUUUGAGGCUAGCCCACAAAAUCAAACCCAAGUUCCUCUUUGGAAGCCACACAGAUAAUCAUCUACCUUAACUGUUUUUCACUUGUAUCACUGUUUUGAUUUUUUAUGCAUAUGUGUUGUUGCAGGUUCUCAGUUUCUCCCUUUCAUGCCAAUUAUCAUCUUUCCACUCAAACUCAGUUAUUAGUUCCUUCCAAUCUUCAUUGCCCCUUUAGUACUACAGCAUCCAGAAAGUUCAGAACUUUUCAACUCAAGGCUGGAUUCUGGGAGUCAAUUAAAUCUGGGUUUACGAAGAAUAACACAACGCAAGUCAUCGAUCCACAGUCCAUAGAUGAAGAAGAUGAAGAACCUCUACCUCAGGAGUUUGUCCUUGUUGAAAAGACAGAACUUGAUGGAACAAUUGAGCAAAUCAUAUUCUCUUCAGGUGGAGAUGUUGAUGUUUAUGAUCUUCAAGCCCUCUGUAACAAGUUGUUGAAUUUGAUUUGCACGGUGAUGGAGGAUUCAGGAAUUGGAAGUUGGUGUUCUGAUGAAGGUUAUUCAUCAAAUGGUGUAGAGAAAAGCAAUGGAGUAGCUGCUGGGAUUGUUUCACCACCCACACCCACCCAGUUUGAGUUAGUUGGUGAGGAUGAAACGGGUGAAGGAGUGGCUGUCAAUAGUAUGGAUGACGUCGCACAUACUUUGUGGGAUUGUAUGAAUGCGACUGAUUUUAUGAAGUAUCACUUCCUUAAUCGGCAGGUAGCAUUUGAUUUCUACAACUUCUAUGCUAGAGUUAAGGGCUUCUCAAUAAGGAAAAGCAAGGUUUUGAGAAACAAAAAAGGUGAUAUUGUGCGGCAAGACUUAGUGUGUUACAAGGAAGGUUUUCGUGAAGAGAAAAACAGAAUGAGGGCAAAUCGUAAAAGGGAAACAAAGGUGGAGACAAGGUGUGGGUGCAGUGCAAAAAUGAGGAUUAGAUUUGUUGGUGAAAGUGGUAGGUGGCAUGUUGCUCUAUUUGGAGAAUCUCACAAUCAUGCGUUAUUAGAGGGGAAGCAAUCAGCAAUGUUACCAGCACAUCGCCAGUUAAAAGAUAGUGAUAUAAUGCGAAUGAAUAGCAUGCGAAAAGUUGGUAUAAGCACUACUGAGAUAUACAAUUUUAUUGCUGACCAAUCUGGUGGGUUUGAGAAAACCAAUUUUCUCAAGGUAGACAUGUUGAAUCAAAUGACAAAGCAAAAACAAAAGGAGCAAUGUGAUGCCAAAGCAGUGCUGGUGUACCUUAAGGGCCUAGCUUCUAGUGAUCCUGGGAUGUAUUGGUCACACCAUGUUGAUGAUGAGGGCAAUUUAAAACAAUUGUUUUGGGCUGAUGGGAUUAGUAGAAUGGAUUUUCAGGUAUUUGGCGAGGUGCUUGCAUUUGAUGCAACAUACAGAAAGAAUAAGUAUGGCUGUCCGAUUGUUGUUCUAGUUGGAGUUAACCAUCAUUGUCAUACUAUUGUGUUUGGCACCGCUGUUUUGACUAAUGAGAAAGAGGAAAGCUAUGUUUGGGUACUUGAACAAUUUUUGGCAGCUAUGAAAGGGAAAGAACCUACUGCAGUUAUAACUGAUGGUGAUCCUGCGAUGCGGAAUGCUAUUACUCGUGUACUACCUAAAGCCCAUCACCGAUUGUGUGCGUGGCACCUUUUACAAAAUGCUCAAAGAAAUGUAGGGGACCCAAAUUUUGUGAAAGGUUUUAAAGGUUGUAUGUUGGGUAAUUAUAGUGUUGGCAACUUCAAAAAAAAAAUGGUUUGAAUUGGUUAGUGAGCUGAAGCUUGAAGACAAUCCAUGGGUUCAAGGUUUGUAUGAGAAGAGGCACAUGUGGGCUACAUGUCUAAUGCGUGGGAAGUUCUUUGCUGGGUUUCGCACAACAUCACGGUGCGAAGGUAUGCAUUCCCAAAUUGGUAGGAUUCUGCGUUCCCGAAACAGCUUGCUGGAAUUUGUACAAUAUUUUGAGCGUUAUGUGGAUUACAUGCGAUGGAGAGAGGUUGAUGCAGACUAUAAGUCUGUGGUUGGAGAUAUUGUUCCACAAACUAGUGUGCGAGCGCUGGAACGGUGUGCAGGAAAAUUGUAUACAAGGACUGUUUUCCUAAAAUUUCAUUCUUGGCUAAACAGCGGAAGCGUAAUGAAGGUUGGGGCAAUAAAGGAGACGUCAUCAUGUAUUAUAUAUUCGAUGUACAGGUAUUGUAAACCACAGAAGUUGUGGCAUGUGGCACACGAUGAAAAAAUGUCCACCUUUAGGUGUUCAUGUCAGCGGAUGGAGACGUUUGGGCUGCCCUGUGACCACAUAAUUGGUCUAUUGGUACAUCUAGACAUUGAUGUCAUACCAGAGUGUUUAGUAUUGCAAAGAUGGUGUAAGGCAGCUAAGGACUGUAUGAAAGGGAACUCUGAAUCGGCUUACAAGUUUUGGGAGUCCACAGUUUUGGCCAGGCUAGGAUCAUUGGUUUUGAGAAGUAGAGAAAUGUUUAACCUUGGCUGCGAAUCGAUGGAUGACUACCUUGAUACUAUUGAGGUGAUGGAGAACCAUGUCACCAAACUGAAGGCAAAGAAGCUUGCUGUAAGCGGAAGUUCUGCUGUUAAUGAGGAGACGCCAAUUGAAGUGUUUGAUAAUGUGAAAAAUCCUGAGGUAGUUAGGACCAAAGGUUGUGGGGGCACCUCAACUGGAAACGGAAACAAGAGCAAACGAAGGUGCACUGUAUGUAAGAAGGAAGGCCACAACAAAACAACAUGCAAACGACAAAAAACUUCUACAGGAUUUUCUGAUGUUGUUGGACUUGAUGGUGCAGGCGUAGGUGAGUCCAACAUGUAAUGUGCUGAAUUGGCUAACAUAAGAUGGGCCCAUAAGAUGAUAGUUCAGGUUUGUUCUUCGAUGUCGUCACAUAUUGCAGGACAUGAAGUGUUGUGAAUCAUCCAGUUUUCAAAUUUAGUUUUGUGUAGGGUGUACUUUUAGGGCAACCACUGAGAUAUGUUGUAUUAAUGGGUGUACUAAUAUAUCCAUUUUAAAUUAGGGUUUUCCAAAACUUUGUGAAGUUGCUGUAAUGCGAGUAAAGUGGGUGCAAGUCCAUGUAACAGAUUAAUGUGCACUGAUGUUAUGAAUGGCUAACUUGCUAGCAUUUCCCUAAAGUUACUUGAAACGUUAGCAAUGUAGUUUGGCUUUGGGGACCUCAAUUUAGCUGCAAUUUAUGAUAUUUAUAUUGUCAUU